AUGGGGGGGUCCUGUCCACAGCUUUGUGGUUCUGGCCCGGACCCCUCCAUCUGCCUGGAGCAUGGAGUUGUGUAUAACUACACUUGCGCAGGUGUAAGGAGGGACCACAGUGGGUGGGAGAGCUGCGUUAGCGUCCCUCUGGUCCGACCCGACAUGUUCCACCUGCUGGCUCAGUGGGACCAGUACCUGGACCGCUUCUCUGAUGGACCCAUGUGGGACCCCGCCUGGCACAGGUUCCAUGAGGAGGACCAUAACUGCUUCUCAUUUUGUCUUCUGUUCGUUAAUGGCGUCCUGGCUGCGGAGGGGCGGAGCUCUCUGACUAGAGAGACAUUCACUCACAGCUUUAUCCUGCCGAAGACAAGAAGGGUCGCCAAGUUCACCACGCUGUACCACCACAUCCAGAGACAUCAGUAUUACAUGGUGGACAGACAGAGGGACAGACAAGAUGAAAGACAGGAGGAUUGA